AUGGCCGUGGCUUUGGACGCAGUGUGGGUGAGGGUGAAGAACGUCUGCAAGCAGAAUGGACUCCUCAUCAUGUCGGUGAUGGCUGUGGUCAUUGGAUGUCUUUUAGGAUUCUUCCUGAGGACAAAGCGCCUCACAGAACAGGAGGUGAAAUACUUCCAGUUUCCUGGAGAGUUGCUAAUGAGGAUGCUGAAGAUGCUGAUUCUUCCACUCGUUGUGUCCAGUUUGAUGUCAGGACUUGCAGCCCUCGAUGCCAAGUGCUCCAGUCGGCUUGGUCUGAUCACAGUGUCUUAUUACCUGUGGACCACCUUUGUGGCUGUAGUAGUGGGAAUCAUCAUGGUCUCCAUCAUCCACCCGGGUGGUGCCGCCCAGAAGGAGGACUCUGAGGACAGCGGCAAGCCUAUCAUGAGUUCGGCCGAUGCUUUGCUCGACCUCAUCCGCAACAUGUUCCCAGCCAAUCUGGUACAAGCCACAUUUCAACAGUAUCGAACAAGUAGCACGUACACCUUGAAACCAAAGCCUACGGUGAGUCAGUCGGAGUCCACCACGCGGCGAGCGCUCAUCUACGGUAUCCAGGACGAUAAUGGAACGGACAUUCAAAACUUUGCCCUUGACCUGACUCCGCCACCCGAUGUGCUCAUACGCACUCGGGAAGGAACGAGCGAUGGAAUGAAUGUCCUCGGAAUUGUUAUCUUUUCAGCCACUAUGGGUAUUAUGUUGGGAAGGAUGGGGCCAAACGGCAGCGCCUUGGUGAACUUCUGCCAGAGCCUGAAUGAGGCUGUCCUCAGAAUCGUCGCCAUUGUUAUAUGGUACUUCCCAUUUGGCAUUGUUUUCCUGGUGGCUGGUAAAAUUCUAGAGAUGAGUGAUCCGUCAGCCAUGGGGAAGAAGUUGGGUUUCUAUGCCAUCACUGUGGUGUUUGGUCUGGUGCUGCACGGCUUGUUCAUCUUGCCUGCCAUGUACUUCUUCAUCACCAAAAAGAGCCCCAUUGUUUACAUUCGGGGAAUCCUUCAAGCCCUGCUCAUCGCCCUGGCAACAUCUUCCAGCUCUGCCACAUUGCCUAUAACCUUCAAGUGCCUCUUAGAGAACAACCACAUUGACCGCCGAAUCAUCCGUUUUGUGCUCCCCGUGGGUGCCACUAUCAAUAUGGACGGCACCGCUCUCUACGAGGCCGUGGCAGCAAUAUUCAUUGCACAAGUUAAUAAUUACGAACUGGACUUUGGCCAGAUCAUCACCAUCAGCAUCACAGCCACUGCUGCCAGUAUUGGUGCAGCAGGGAUCCCACAAGCCGGACUGGUCACCAUGGUGAUAGUGCUAACAUCUGUCGGGUUGCCAACCGAUGACAUCACUCUCAUCAUUGCAGUAGAUUGGGCAUUAGACAGAUUCCGUACCAUGGUGAACGUAAUGGGUGAUGCUUUGGCCACGGGCAUCAUGGCGCACAUCUGCAGGAAAGAUUUCAUGAAAGAAGGAGAUGGGGUGCCUUUGAUUUGUGAGGCCAAACCCCCGACAACCGCCCCACCUCUGAUGAACUGUCACAACAACAACGGCAACUACCAGCCCCCUUCCUCAGGGCCCAAACACAAGCUCGUUCCUCCCGAUGUGGCACGACUCAUGCAGCUGGAAGAGGGCGUUCGACCGACGUCAGAGAGGAAGAUGCCUCCGAUCCCUCCGAGACACCUGAAGAAGUGUAAAGAACAGUGUGCCAUUGACAUGAAUGGCCUUGAGACCAAUGUAUAG